UUUGCUUAUGUCAAAAAGUCUGAAACGGCACCGCAUCAUAUACCGGGCCAAUAAGAUUUGCAGUCCCGGGUCAGCUCAAUGUUACGAGCCCUAUUCUCGUCUGAUCGUCUCUUCAACCAUUUCCACUGCCACUUCUUAUUCAAGGGAAAAAGAAAAUAAUCAGCUCCGGCAGACUCAUGGCGACGCUAAUCGGAAAUCCACUGAUGAAGGCAUUGGUUGCUCUUCUCUUGAUAUCAGCCGCCGCCGCCACAGGCGAUGCCCCCUUCAUCGUCGCUCACAAGAAGGCAUCGCUCACCAGACUCAAAUCCGGCGCCGAACGCGUCUCUGUCUCCAUCGACAUCUACAACCAAGGCUUCUCGACAGCAUAUGAUGUGAGUCUCGUUGAUGAUAGCUGGCCCCAAGAUGCAUUUGAUGUCAUCAGUGGUAAUACUUCACAGUCAUGGGAGAGACUUGAUGCCGGUGGUCUUGUAUCACAUUCAUUUGAAUUAGAGGCCAAAAGACAAGGAAUGUUCUAUAGUGCCCCAGCAGUUAUUACUUUCCGCAUUCCCACAAAGGCUGCUCUACAGGAGGCAUAUUCAACUCCAAUCUUGCCGUUGGAUGUCCUUGCAGAAAGACCUCCUGAGAAGAAGUUUGAGCGGGCUAAGAGGUUGCUGGCUAAGUAUGGGUCUCAAAUCUCUGUGAUAUUGAUUGUGGUUCUGUUUAUCUACAUGAUUGUUACCCCAUCAAAAUCCAGCGCUUUAAAAGCAAGCAAGAAGAAGCACUAAGUAUUGUAGCUGAGAGAAACCUAAUGAAGAGCGUGUCUGCACUGAAUGCUAUGUUUGCAGUUAAAAAUAGGUGUUUCUUCUUGUUUUUUUAGAACAUUUGUUGUCGGAAUUUUCUAAUUAGAUGGGUAUUAAAUGAGUUUAGUUCAAGAUGAAUCAACUGAUUUGUACUUGAUAGGCCUAGACUUGAUUGAAACAGGUAGUGCUAUAGGAGAGGUGGAAGAACUGAUAUGUAAUAGGGUGACAUUUUUGAAACUUAAUAUUAAUUUAUCUUUUCCAUUUAAUCUUGUGAA